AUGAGUUGGGGUGGUUUUAAAAAAGCCGUUCAAAGAGCAAGUAAUACAGUAAUUAUUAAAGAUAUUGAUAAAAUUAAUGAUAAAGAUUUUGAAUCUGAAGAAAGAAAAUACCUUACAUUAAAGAAAAAUUGUCAACAAUUAGUCACUGAAUCAAAAGGUUAUUUGGAUUCUUUUAGAAUUGUUUCGUCAUCACAAUUAAAAAUUGCAGAAGUUAUUCAAAAUUUAAAUAAUGAUAGUAAUAAAUCCCAACAUAAUGCAAAUGAUUACUAUUUACAAACUGUUCAAGAUAUAGAUUCUCAAGUUAUGAAAAAAUUGGAUGAACCAUAUAUCGAAACUGUAAUGAACCCAAGUUUAAAAUUCGAAAGAUAUUUUAAAGAAAUUGAUGAAGCUGUACAGAAAAGACAACAUAAAAAAAGUGAUUAUGAAGCUGCAAAGGCUAAAGUUAGAAGAUUAACAGAUAAACCAUCAAAGGAUGUUAAUAAAUUACCAACAUCUGAAAAAGAAUUGCAAUUAAGUAAAGAAAUUUAUGAAUCACUUAAUAAUCAAUUAAAACAAGAACUUCCACAAUUAAUUCAAUUAAGAGUACCAUUUUUUGAUGCAUCAUUUGAAGCUCUUGUAAAAAUUCAAUAUAGAUUUAGUACAGAAUCAUAUACAAGAUUAUCUCAAGUUCAACAAUAUAUUGAUCCACAGUCGAGGAAUAAUUAUAUGGAUGGUACUUUGGAUAGAAAUAUUGAAAAUUUAUUAAAUCAAAUGAAAAAUUUAGAUAUUUGUACAUUAGGUUUUGCAAAUUGA